AUGUCUGCCAACGACUUCACAGGAAAAGACUACACGGUCUACCGCUCCAAAAGCGGAGUUGCUUCCUCGUCCACUUCGAAAAUCCCAUCUCUUGGACCUCACGAUGUCCUCAUUCGAAUCACCCAUACCGGAGUGUGCCACACCGAUGUACUCUUCUGUCAGUCCGGUGCACCUCUUGCCUUGGGCCAUGAGGGUGUUGGAAUUGUAGAGGCCAUUGGUUCUCUUGUCACUGAAUUCAAGGUUGGUGACCGGGCUGGCGGUGGCUUCCACAGAGAUGCAUGCGGUCAUUGCAAGUACUGCUUGUCUGGAAGAGACAUCUAUUGCUACCAAAGAGUCAUCUUUGGCGAGGGAGACUUUGACAACGGUACUUUUGGAGAGUACUACCUAGGCAAAGAGACCUUUCUACACAGGAUUCCCGACAGCAUGGCGAGCGAGCAUGCGGCACCACUUCAGUGCGCUGGUGCGACGGUUUAUACCGCCCUGAAGGAAACUGUCACUUCGGAUAAGAGAGUGGGAAUCCUUGGGAUUGGUGGUCUCGGGCACUUGGCAAUUCAAUAUGCGGCCAAGAUGGGCGCUGCAGUUGUCGUGUACAGCACAACCGAGAGCAAGGAGCAUGAGGCUCGGGAGUUUGGUGCCACUGAAUUUUAUCUUCUCGGUGAAAUGUUUGAGAAGAAAACGGCGCCGAUCGAUGUUCUUGUUGUUGCUGGCACCAAGUACCCAGACUGGGAGAAGGUCAUGGACAAGGACUUUCUCGCCAGAGAUGGUGUUAUCGUGCCUCUUGCAGCACCAGUCCAAGGACCACUAACUUUGCCCGCCCAAGCAAUGUUCUUCCAAGGAUUCCAUGUGCAUUCCAGCCUCGUUGGCUCGCGGGGUGUUCACGACGAGAUGCUCCAGUUUUCCGCUCGUCACGGCAUCAAACCUCUGGUUCAGGUGUUUAAACAUGAAGGGGCUUCUAGUGUUCAAAAGGUUUUCGAGAACUUGGAGCAAAACAAAGUGCGAUAUCGAGCUGUCCUGGAGAUGUAG